AUGAAUUCAAGGAAAUUUAGUUUCUUAGUGGCGCUUAUGUUCACAGUGACAGUGUACUUCUUCUAUAUCAACAGUAUGUUCAUACGGACAAACCAGAGGAUUCUAAAAGUCUCAAACUCUUCAGUCCUUGCUGAAGUUUGUGAUUCAGUUAUCAGAGGACAGAUGAUUUCUGUUCGAGAAACUGUUAUGAAUCUGACAGUUGAAAAUCUUUCUUGCCAAGACUACUUGCUCCAAAGUCACUACAUUACAGCUCCCCUGUCGGAAGAAGAAGCCCAGUUUCCUUUGGCCUAUGUAAUGGUCAUACAUAAGAAUUUUGAAACCUUUGAGAGGCUCUUCAGGGCAGUUUACAUGCCCCAAAAUGUUUACUGUAUUCAUGUGGAUGAAAAGGCAACAAUUCCUUUUAAAGAUGCUGUGAGGAGAUUGGUGGGCUGCUUCCCCAAUGCUUUCCUUGCCUCCAAGAUGGAGUCAGUUGUCUAUGGUGGAAUAUCCAGGCUCCAGGCUGACCUGAACUGCAUGAAAGACCUUGUAGCCUCUAAGGUUCAGUGGAAGUAUCUUAUCAACACUUGUGGGCAAGAUUUUCCCCUUAAAACCAAUAAGGAAAUAAUCCAGCAUUUGAAAGGAUUUAAAGGGAAAAAUGUCACCCCAGGAGUGCUGCCUCCUCCUCAUAUUAUUCGAAGGACCAAAUAUAUCUAUAAGGAGCAGAGAUAUAUUUUAUUUUCAUUCAUGCUGUGGACUUUCAUAAGGAAAACUCUUCCUCCCCACAGUCUGACCAUUUACUUUGGUUCAGCUUACGUUGCUCUCACGAGGGAAUUUGCCAACUUUGUUCUCCAAGACCAACGGGCCAUUGAUUUACUGGAGUGGUCUAAAGACACCUACAGUCCUGAUGAGCAUUUCUGGGUGACUCUCAAUAGGAUUCCAGGUCAGCAUAAGAAACUAAACAAGAAUUUAGGGGGAGUUUUGCGGAAGCCAAAGACAAUACUCAAAGGCCAGCAGACAGCAUUGAAAGGGUUUACAGACUCAGAAAUGCGUAAAAUACAUGUAUCCCUUUUAAUACCAUAA